AUGGGAAGAGGGAAAGUGGAGCUGAACAGAAUUGAGAACCCAACAAGUAGGCAAGUUACCUUCUCAAAGAGAAGAAAUGGACUAAUCAAGAAGGCCUUCGAGCUCUCCAUUUUGUGUGAUGCUGAAGUUGCCCUUGUUGUUUUCUCUUCAUCUGGAAAGGGUUACCAAUUUGCUAGCCACGACAUGCAUAGGACCAUUUCGAGGUAUCGUUGUCAUGUUGGAGUGCCCCAGUUAAAUGUCUAUCACAUGACAACUGUAGAGGCUUGGAGGACUGAAAUUGAUGAGCUAAGGAGAUCGGUAGGCAACAUGGAAGCAAGACUGAAGCAUUUAGCAGGAGAGGAUCUGUCAGCACUAGGCUUGAAAGAAUUGAAUCAACUAGAACGACAAUUGAGUACUGGAAUUCAACGCAUCAACUCUAAAAUGAGACACGUCAUUGCUGAGAAUAAGAAAAUGCUUAAUAAAAGGAUUAGAGUCCUAAAAGAGGAUAACACUCAUCUUCAGAAAAAACUGCAUGAAUUGGAAGAUCACAGUUCGAGUUCCAGAACAUUGGAAUUACUUCGUUUUUGUAACUUGUUUGGAUGUCUUAGUACUCUGGAUUGUGUUGCAGGAUUGCUCAAGAUUGAACUUUGA